GGUGCAUGUGAUACACUGACCGUUUCCAUGCAAUCCCUUUCCUUUUAUAUACUAUUAUUCUAUAGUAGGCAGAGGUUGGUUUAAUUCUAGUCUACUAAUUAUUAUAACUGGUAACACAUAAUUCGAGAUGACAUUAGAGAAAUUAAAGCUCAUUGGAGUUUUUCUGAUUUGCUUUCUGGCUGGCUUCAGCACUGCACAAUAUUCAGUGAGUGUGGAGAGACCAUGUCCAAUGGAUACAGUCACUUUCACCUGCACUGCUCCUGGAGAUUCCUUGAGAUGGUCACCAUCAGAUGCAACUCCCAUCACUAUCCUCUCUUCUCCCUCUGGUCUCAAUGUACCCCGUGUUGUGUCAGGUUACACUGUGACACUGAUUGCAUUUGAUAACGAUACAUUAACAUCUACUCUGUCAAGAACAGCGGAAAAUGGGGUCACUGUGUCCUGUUUGAGUACUGUGUCUACCCUAACCACUAUAGGAUCUUCAACAAUCCGAUUGGUUGAUUCACCAGGACCACCUUCCACCAUCAGACACUCCACUCUGAGCAGCUCAGCCAAUGAAGUCAGUGUACCUGUACAGUGGGACCCUCCUACUGAGACUGGUGGUAGAGAUGACCUCACCUACACCGUGACCAUCUCACCUCCGGCCCAGCUCUCUGCUACUGUCCUCACAUCCACCUCUGUCACUGUGACUGCUCAAUACAAUGUGGACUACACUGUCAGUGUUGUGGCUACCAACUGUGCUGGGAACAGUACAACUGCUGAGUACAGCUUUAGGAUCGGUGGCUGUCCUGUAUUGACCAACCUCAUGAAUGGAGCCUUUGGACAAGUCUUCAGCAGAUUAUUAGGAUCCACAGUAACCAUCCAGUGUGACGCUGGAUAUAUAUCUGCUAUUGCUAUGGUGACAUGUGAUGAUGCACUGAUGUGGAGUCCAGACCCCGAGGCUAUUGAGUGUACAUCACUACCCACACUCCCUCCCACAACUCGUGAGUUAAGUUCUUGGUUUUUACAAAACUUAUUAUGUUUUCACCUCAUAGCUCCAAUGAACUGCACAGUUCCACUAUCCUCACCACAGAAUGGCACCAUCAGUAAUCAUUCAGUACCAGCUAUUCCCGGUACACAAGUGACCUUUCGGUGUGACGACGGACUGUUCCCUGAGGGCAUGAUUAAUGUCACCUGUCUAGCUACAGGAGAGUGGGACAAAAACCCAGUGAAGCUCAUCUGCAGAAUUGAACCUAUUUCGUGUGUCCUGCCUGCCCCUCGACUCAAUGGAGCAUUACUCAACACCACGUCUCAGAACACUGACUUAACUGAGGGUUCAGUUAUUACCUUCCAAUGUGAUCCUGGGUUUUCACCGGUGGGUGCAGUGACUGUCACUUGUAACAAUUCUGGUCUCUGGGAUCCUGACCUGGCUCUAUUGGAAUGUUCUCUGACUGCUACCACCCUAUCGACUGGUAUAACUGUUGCCAUCGGUGUUACUACUACUUUCGUUGUGUCUACUCUAUUUCUCGCUGGACUCCUAGUGAUGUACUCGUUCACGCGUAAGAAGGCAGUGUACUACACAAGAAAAACAGCAUUAUCUGUUGUAGAACCCACUAAACCAGUUGAACCUGUUUAUGAGGAGGUGUUACCCAAAGAGGAGAUUGAACUCCACACUAACCAAGCGUAUGGACCAUUAGGACUGUGAAUUUUGUGCUACUAACACUUCAAAUAAUAAUUAUAUCUAGCCAGUAAGUAUUACAAUGUACCUUGUCAUUUUCAGCGUUUCAUACAAAGACCGGGGGGGGGCGCCCUGGGAUUUCCCACCCCCAGCCAAACCCUCUCCCGAAAAUUAAUGAUGUCAUAAAUAAAAAUGUA